GACUGUUCACCUUGAUUUGAACAGUUAGCUGUCUCCGGAGAAGUGGUUUCGAUCGCUUAAAAAACUAUAAGAGCUGUUUUGUCACUUUUACAUAAUAAUGUUCAUAAUAGGUUCUUGUACACUGCGUGUAUUAAAUUUGUAACAAUUGCCGCUUGAGAAAUUUCAUUGCGCUCAUAAAUCAGUCUUGGCCAUUCAACGACAAGGUCGCAAUACUGCAGUAUAAAGUCUGAUCGGUAGACGUCGGACAGAUUGUUCUAGUUUUCGUAAAAUGCACUGUAGUGGUGCUUAGUGAGAGAUAAUGUUGCGUUUGACGAUAGCGUUGCUUGCGAUGGCCGCGGUGGCAAAAACUGGGAACGAGCCAGCGCCGGCAGCCCAGCAGAUAGUCGCGUUCAAACAGAGAACAUCGGGACCCAUCGGUAUUAUGACAACGAGUGCUGGAUCGCCGAUCGAACUCAAAGAUGCGAGUAACACAUUGAACUCAAAUCUCAUAUUCAAUGAAUAUUUUAUGGAUUCAUUAACGCAUUUAGUACGAGAGAGGAUUCCCGAGAGGUUGGUGCAUGCAAAAGCGGGUGGAGCAUUCGGUUAUUUUGAAGUUACGCAUGAUAUUACGAGCAUUUGUAAAGCCAAAUUAUUUAGUAAAAUCGGAAAGAAAACCCCAGUGGCAGCAAGAUUUUCUCCAGUGGUAGUCGAAAGGGGAGGUACUGACACUUCAAGAGAUGCGCGCGGGUUCGCCAUUAAAUUUUACACUGAAGACGGUAAUUUUGAUAUCGUGGGAUUCAAUACCCCCAUGUACGUUUACAAAGAUCCUCUGCUUUUUCCGACAUUUGUACGAGCUCAAAAACGAAAUCCAGCUACUAACUUAAUAGACGGUAAUAUGCUGUGGGACUUUUUGACGUUGCAACCGGAAAGCUUGCAUAUGUUUUUGCUUGUAUUUGGAGAUAGAGGCAUACCAGAUGGUUACAGGCAUAUGCCAGGGUUUGGCAUUCACACUUAUCAAGUUGUCAAUGAGAGUGGAGAGAAGCACUUUGUUAGAUUUCAUUUUAUUCCUGACGCUGGUAUUAAAAAUCUAAACUCUAAACAAGCACAGAAAAUAUCCGGCAUUGAUCCUGAUUACGCCACCAGAGAUUUGUAUAAUGCGAUAGGAAAGGGUAAAUUUCCGAGUUGGUCUGUCAGUAUCCAGAUAUUGACAUUAGACGAUGUCAAAAAUGCACAAUUCGAUGUUUUUGACGUGACAAAAAUAUUACCCCAAGAUGAAUUUCCCCUAAAGCCACUCGGUCGUUUUGUUUUGAACAAAAAUCCGACGAACUAUUUCGCGGAAAUAGAACAGUUGGCGUAUAGCCCAGCAAAUCUUGUGCCGGGCAUUUUGGGUGGACCGGACAAAGUAUUCGAAGCUAGACGCUUAGCUUACAGAGACGCUCAAUAUUACCGGUUAGGUGUUAACUUUAAUAAAAUACCGGUAAAUUGUCCGAUUCAAAAUCACGUACUUGCUUACAAUCGCGAUGGUCGACCUCCCGUUAAGGAUAAUGGAAAAGAUACCCCCAAUUAUUAUCCUAACACGUUCAAUGGACCGGUGCCUUACAAAGAUGAGAAUAGAGUUGACCUUAUCGAGAUAUACCAAGAUGAUCCUAACAACUUCGAUCAGGCUAGAGAGCUGUAUAUGAACGAAAUGACGAAAGAGGAACGAAACAGACUUGUCGAAAACAUUCUGUAUAGUCUUGGUGGUGCUAUCGAAGAAUUGCAGGAUAGAGCAGUGAAAUUUUUCACAAUCAUACACCCAGAUCUUGGUUACAGAAUAUCUCAAGGUUUAAAAGUGAACCGAACGUCGUACUACUGGGAUGAUGAAUAGCUUAAUAAUAAUUAGAUAAAUUAUCAAGAUCAAAACACACAUGGUCAUCUGGACCUAGAUCUGUAUUUAGGAGGUAGACACUUACAAAACAUACUUAUAUAUACGUUUACAUCAUGCAUAUAUGUGUAUGUACAUACAAAGGUAUAAAUGUCGCUAAUGAACAUCCAGAUACAGAGCGAACAAAUCUCUCGUCACCGGAACGUUUGCCCGAAGGGGGAAUCGAACGCACAACCCCAAUUCAUAAUACUGGUUAAUUAAUAUUUUACCAAAAAAAAUUGUUAAUUGUGGAAAGCACGCUUCAACGUCAUAACGUUCAAUG